CCCAUUACAGGUUUUAAAAGCUCCUGUCAGUGCGGCAGAGUUUCUGUGUCUGAUAAAGAUGAGUGCAGAGAAGAUCUCAGUGCUGCUGCUGCUGGCAGUGAUCGGCUCACAUGCAGCUCCAAACGCCUCAGAGUGUGACGGUUUGACCAAAAGGCUGCCGACAAAAGACCUGAACAAGAUUUUCAGUAACUGGGUUCUGGUCUGGGGCGUGUCCGACCGUGAAGAAGCUAUAGAUAUGUUGCCAAAUGUCUCCAGCUCACACGUGGAGUUUAAACUCCUUCCAGACAACAAAACCUUCUCGUACAUCGAGAGGAACAUGUUCAAUCACAACCUUUCUUCCUGCACUACUUACUUCAUCCAUAUGACCGUACCAUCUAAUAUUGAGACCGAGCUCCAAACCCUGCAUGCUGACAACAUCCGACUAGAGAAGGGCAGACAGCCUGUGGAGUACAAUGACACCGGAGCUGUGGACUUCUAUGAAAGCUGCUCUGAUUGUUUGCUGCUGGUCUACAAGUCCUCAAGAUUUCGAUACCUGCUCAGCUACAAGGAAGAAGGGUCACAUCGGGACGUUGAGCAGCACAAAGCCGCCCAUGACGACCACAGGAAACUCGCCGAGUGUCUGGGGUUCCCUAAAAAGAAGCCGUACGUCUAUGACAGAGUGGCUGACUUCUGUCACAAGAAAUCCGCUCCAGAAGCAAACCCUGAUAACCAGUCUUACUUUCAGAAACCCUUUGUGGUGGAGGUAGAUGCUAGUCAUGCGGGGUUGGGGGCUGUACUGUCUCAAGAGCAUGAAGAGAACCGAGGUUUCCCUUUGGGCGAAUGGUUUGAAGAGCACCAGAUCUCUUUAGCUGUGGCCUACGAAGCGGUGCAGCGUAGGAUGGAAAACGUCAGGAGACAAAGAGACCUUAAGAUGAAGGAUCAGUGUCUGGCCCCAGAUUUUGAGGAGGAAGUUAUUUGUGUGUACCGAGAACACACAAAGUUUGAGUUGACCCCAUUACAGGUUUUAAAAGCUCCUGUCAGUGCGGCAGAGUUUCUGUGUCUGAUAAAGAUGAGUGCAGAGAAGAUCUCAGUGCUGCUGCUGCUGGCAGUGAUCGGCUCACAUGCAGCUCCAAACGCCUCAGAGUGUGACGGUUUGGCCAAAAGGCUGCCGACAAAAGACCUGAACAAGAUUUUCAGGAACUGGGUUCUGGUCUGGGGCGUGUCCGACCAUGAAGCAGUUGAAGCUUUCUUGCCAAAUGUGUCCAGCUCACACGUGGAGUUUAAACUCCUUCCAGACAAUAAAACCUUCUCGUACAUCGAGAGGACCAUAUUCCAUCACAACCUUUCUUCCUGCACUACGAGCUUCAUCAAUGUGACCGUACCUUCUAACAAUGAGACCGAGCUCCAAACCCUGCAUGCAGUCAACAUCCGAGUGGAGGAGGACGGACAGCCUGUGGAGUACAAUGACACCGGAGCUGUGGACUUCUAUGAGAGCUGCUCUGAUUGUUUGUUGCUGGUUUACAAGUGCUCAAGAGUUCGAUACCUGCUCAGCUACAAGGAAGAAGGUUCACAUCGGGACGUUGAGCAGCACAAAGCCGCCCAUGACGACCACAGGAAACUCACAGAGUGUCUGAGGUUCCCUAAAAAGAAGCCGUACGUCUAUGACGGAGUGGCUGACUUCUGUCACAAGAAAUCCGCUCCAGAAGCAAACCCUGAUAAUCAGUCUUAGGAGGAACGUUUCAACUUUUAUCAGCAAGAAUAGUUUGUAAUGAAAUU